CUUCUAAGCGCGUUUUUCCGGUCGGAGCCUUCUCUUCGCCUUUUCUUCGCCAUCGUGCGCCACCUGCCCGCCUAGCCUUCUCGCCAUGUCUUCUCACAAGACUUUCAGAAUCAAGCGGUUCCUGGCUAAGAAACAAAAGCAAAAUCGUCCUAUUCCUCAGUGGAUUCGGAUGAAAACUGGCAACAAAAUCAGGUACAACUCCAAGAGAAGACACUGGAGGAGAACGAAGCUGGGCCUGUAAGGAGUCAACAAUGAAUGGCAAAACAGUGAUGAAUCGUGAUCCUUGAUGAGUGUUCAACUACAAGAUGAAGUUCAACAUUUUCAAUCUGGAGACUUGAUUAUGUUUAAGUUGGGAGUGGUUUCUCCAGUAAUAAAAUGUAGAACCUUUUGAACUG